GGAGAGAUAAUAACUUUAGUGGCCUCUAGGGUAACCAAGGCGAAGGUGGAAGGUUAACAUUAGGAUGGAUCGUAGCGAAGUGGGUUAUGAGGUUAGAUGGAGGAUGGAACGGGGCCAGGAUCGUGUUAAAUGAGAUUUCAUAUUAAACGAUGUCAAAUCUUGGGGUUAGUUUGUUAAUUAAUUCAUGUCGUUAUGCUUUUCUGCGCGCCUGAGCAUCACGUAACACUGCGUUUCUUUCGUCGGUAAAAAUGUUCGACAUGUGCUGCGCUCUGGUAGAGUACAUUUAACUAUUUGAUCAGUUUCUAUUAUGGUCGGACAGGCAAAGUCGAGAAAGGUAUAAUGGUAUAGUGAAAGCAGUGGGCGCUUUUGAAUGUGGUGGUUUGCAUUAGUAUGGAAAUAAAGAAGGGGAUAAUGAUUUUGAAUACUGUUUUGUAAUAUAAUAAGUGGGUGCCCAGACAGUAUUCUGUGGUUUUGUGCUGCCGUAAGAGUUAUGAAGUAUGGCCGUCCAACAGACAAGUUUUCAAAAGAAGACCAAAAGCAGAAUACCAUAUAUUCCUGGUUCAAGACCAUCCAUUAAAAAUACUCAGCUCUUGGUUUCAUCAGGUGUGCCUUCAUUUGAUUGUGUGAUAGGUGGAGGUAUUCCUGUUGGAACAUUAGUGCUCAUUGAGGAAGACAAGUAUGGAACUUAUGCCAAACUUCUUGUCAGAUACUUCCUAGCCGAGGGAAUAGCGUGUGGUCAUUCUCUCUUUGUUGCAAGUCAAGAUUUAAAUUGUGAAGCCCUGGUCCGUGAACUGCCAGCACCUGUACACCAUGAUGAUGCUGCUCCUACAAGUGAACUUGAUGAUAAAAUGACCAUUGCGUGGCGAUACCAGAAUAUGCGAGAGAUCCAGUCUUUCUCAAGCAAUACUAGUUUUGGUCAUCAUUAUGAUUUAACAAAGUCUGUAGAUCCUGACAUUCUGAGGACGAUAGACACGUGUUAUUGGACUGGACCCAUAGAAUGCAGGCAAGCUGAAGGUAGGUUUAAAAAUCCUGCCUAUUAUGACCUGCUGUGCACAAUACAGCGUAAGAUUGAAGAGGGUCAGUUUGGAGUUGAAGCAAGUCCCGAGAAGCGGAAUAUGCUUCGCAUUGCUGUGCAUUCCUUAGGCUCUCCUCUGUGGGCAGAGCAGACUCACCAGAAGUCAGACCUUCCAAUAUUCUUGUAUUGCCUGCGCUCGCUCCUCAGGUCUGCAUAUGCUGCUUGUGUACUUACGUUGCCCUCACAUCUGUUCCAGGAGACAUGGGUCAUAAAGAGAUGUCAACAUUUAUGUGAUACUGCAGUGAGACUGGAGUCAUUUGCAGGUUCAGAAAAAGAGACCAACCCAGUUUAUAGGGAUUACCAUGGUCUCUUCCACAUAAAUAAGCUCUCCGCCAUCAAUACUUUGAUGCCACAUGUGCCAGAGAGUUUUGAUCUCGCUUUCAGGUUGAGACGAAAGAAAUUCUCCAUUGAGAAACUACACCUGCCACCGGAACUUCAGGGGACAACACAGCGAGAACAAGAUGAGUUGCCAUCUGUAGCAGGUGUGAGUUGUGGAGGAGCAGGAACAAGGAACCUUCUUGACUUCUAAGUCCAUGUCACUAAAUAAUAUUGCUGUCUGGUCUUGCUCUGGUGGUGGUUGGAGCAGUGCUGCUAACUGAUGUCCCACGUGUCCUGCUGUCCCGUCUGCUGGGGUCUAACC